AUGGAUAUUCCUACCACAUACCAGGACUCCGAAACGUCAUGGGGGCCCGACCCUAAGGACUCUAUGCCUCGCAGCCCAACAUUCUACUCCCCCCUGGCAAGACCCACGACACCCCCUACAUGUACACAGCCCAAGGACGUGUUUGAUGGGGUAGUCAGUACGAUUUUUGUGGACACCAUCAAGGCUUCUGUAGCCACGCUUUUAGACGUGGUGAUUGGAGAAUAUAUACGAGAAAAAUGCAUCGGUUGUGAGAUCAAUCACCCCAGCCAGCGCAGGCAUCCAUGCCUAUACGACCCCCCAAGAUACUACUUCUUCAACCAUUUUGAGGCGCUGGUGAAUAGACUUUGCAGGCUGUCAGGCUGUGGAGUCACAGAGGAAGGCUGUGCUUCUCUGGUCUCAGCUCUGAGGUCAAACCCCUCACACCUGAGAGAGCUGGACCUGAGUAUCAACGACCUGAAGGAUUCAGGAGUGAAGCUGCUCUCUGAUGGACUGGGGAAUCCCCACUGUAAACUGGAGACUCUGAGGCUGUCAGGCUGUCUAGUCACAGAGGAAGGCUGUGCUUCUCUGGUCUCAGCUCUGAGAUCAAACCCCUCACACCUGAGAGAGCUGGACCUGAGCUUCAAUCACCCAGGAGACUCAGGAGUCAGACUGCUCUCUGCUGGACUGGAGGAUCCACACUGCAGACUGGAGAAACUCAAUGUGGAACAUGGUGGAGAGAACACAAUGAAACCUGGGCUUAGAAAAUAUGUCUGUGAUCUCACACUGGACCCAAACACAGUAAACAGACUCCUCUCUCUGUCUGAGGAGAACAGAAAGGUGACAUGUAGGACAGAGAAGCAGCCGUAUCCUGAUCACCCAGAGAGAUUUGAGGGCUGUGGACAGGUGCUGUGUAGAGAGGGUCUGACUGGGCGCUGUUACUGGGAGGUAGAGUGGAGUGGGAGAGGGGCUGUUAUAGGAGUGACAUAUAAAGGAAUCAACAGGAGAGGAUGGGGUGAUGACUGUUGUCUUGGAUACAAUGACAAGUCAUGGUGUCUGUUCUGCUCUGACAACAGUCACAUUGCUAGGCACAAUAAUAAUCACACUAUCAUAGACGUCCCCUCCUCCAGCUCCCACAGAGUAGGAGUGUAUCUGGACUGGCCAGCCGGCACUCUGUCCUUCUAUAGAGCCUCCUCUGACACACUGACCCACCUGUACACAUUCACCUCCACAUUCACUGAACCCCUCUAUCCAGGGUUUAGUGUUGGCGACUCAGUGUCCCUCUGUCAGUGAUACACACACACACUACUCAAACACACACAUUGGCAUACACUGGACAAACACACACACACACACGCUGGAUACACACACAAACACAGUGGACACACACAAACACAGUGGACACACACAAACACACUGGAUAAACACACACACACUGGACAAACACACACACACAGGACACACACACAUGCGCUUCUUCCUAUAAUUGUGAGGACCUUGACCCAGGACCGUUAAAAUACCAAUGUGAUCUCAGAACAUACUGCACUUGUUUUAUACUGUUUUAGAUGGAUCCUCUGUUUAUCAUCUUGUUUUAUACUGUUUUAGAUGGAUCCUCUGUUUAUCAUCUUGUUUUAUACUGUUUUAGAUGGAUCCUCUGUUUAUCAUCUUGUUUUAUACUGUUUUGGAUGGAUCCUCUGUUUAUCAUCUUGUUUUAUACUGUUUUAGAUGGAUCCUCUGUUGAUCAUCUUGUUUUAGGUGGAUCCUCUGUUUAUCAUCUUGUUUUAUACUGUUUUAGAUGGCAGGUUGAAUAAAGAGAAGCUAGUGAUGUGGG